UGUCAAAAAGGGUGUUCUUAUGUUUUGGAAAAAAAGGACUGCACACAGAGCAAGUGAAAAUUAAAAUUCUUACGUGCUUUAGCCCGUGUGUACAAUGAGGAAAAUGAUUGCGUAAAGAUUUUCCGUCCGGACAAUAAGUCUCUGUUGACCGUGGUCGGGUUUGUUCGCGGAUUACGUUGUGGUUGUUCCCGUUUCUCUUUCCUAAUCCAUUAUCUCAUCAGUGACUGCGCUUGCAUUCCCGUGAUGUCGUUUUCCUUCAAUCCCUUGGCACCCGGGCUGCAUCCGAUGCAUCCCCUACUAUCGGGUGGUGGCGGUUUUCUUACCGCACAACAGUUAGGUGCGCCACCAACACCUGCCAAUGCCGCCCUCAUAGCUGGGAUAAACAAUAAACCGCUUGAGUUCAAGAUGAAACCGGUACAGAAUGGUUCCGGUGCAGCACCGAUGGAGCUGGAAACGGUAAACGAGCACGAAACGAUCAAAGAUAGUGGAAAUCCCUUGGUGGCGAUGGAAAAGGCACGGGAGGAAAGCAUUAACAAAAAGAUGCUGGAAGAGCUGCACAAACAGCACCAGAACCAGCUGCAGCAUGCUAACGGUGGUGAAUUAGUUUUCAAUCAGCUGCUGCAGCAACAUCAAUCACCCCACCACGGGUUCAUGAUGAUGCCGGGUGUCAUGAACAUGGUGGACGGUUCAUCCCUUAUAAGCAUGCAGCCAUUUCCGAUGAUGGCACCAAGUGCUGAACUAACCGGUGCAUUAAAUGGAACCGCAAACACAGCCCCAUCGGUUACCGCGAGUGCCUCUGCUGCUUCUGCUACCGGUUCCAACAGCGCGGAGAAACCAGCAACCGCCAAGGAAAUAAUCUACUGCAAAAGUUGCACUCUAUUUCCACCCAACCCGAACGCACCAGCACCAAAAACGAUCGAACGUCCACCCGGGUGUCGGACGGUGUUUGUCGGUGGACUACCCACCGGCAUGACCGAGGAGGUAAUGAGGGAAAUUUUCGAACGCUGUGGCGAAAUUACCACGCUACGGUUGUCAAAGAAAAACUUUUGCCACAUACGGUACGUGUACGAGGCGUCCGUUGAUUCCGCUAUCUAUCUGUCCGGCUAUCGGGUGAAGAUUGGGAGCAACUUCAAUUACGGUGGCGGUGCCACAGAAGCGAAAGAACCUCCCAUCUUCGGGGUACUGCACGUGGACUACGCACAGGCCCGCGACGAUCAGUACGAGUACGAGUGUAAACAGCGAAAGUUGCAGCGCGAAAAGCGACACCGAGAGCGACUGGAAGAGGAUCGCUUUCGGUCACUUUCGCCACAACCGGUCGUACACUAUACGGAGCAUGAGGCCGGUUCGGUCGCGGAACGGUUAAAGAACGAUGAAACGUUCGCGAAAGCCGUGCAGACGCUUGUCACCUGGCUCGAGCGGGGUGACUGCAGCAAAAAGAAUGCCAACAACUUCUACUCGAUGAUCCAGAGCACCAACUCGCACGUUCGACGAUUGCUGAACGAGAAAAGUGUGUGCGACGAGGAGCUGAAGCGGGCCCGGGAACAGUACCGGCGACAGACGAAGGGCAUGAUAGCACAGUUCAGUCAGAUUGAAAAAGUUUUCAAUGCGGCCAGUCACAAGAAGGUUUGGGAUCAUUUUACUAAAGCCCAAAGAAAAAACAUCGAUGCGUGGAAGAAGCAGUCACUGGACAUAAAGUGUGUUCAGCUGGAUGAUUUCCCCGAUGAGGAUGGGAUGGAUAUGUCCGAUGACGACCAUUCGGUCUCAUCGUUGCCUUGCAAAAGGUCUCGCUGGGAGCAGGAUCACAAGGAUCAUGCUGUCGACACGGAACGAGGCACCUCGGACGCUGCCGAACCUCACACGAUGCACGAUAGCGAGUUAAAGAUGAAGAUCCUGCACAUUGAGGUGCUGCAGGAAACGAUUCGCAACCUGCAAACGCAACUGCUCGAAAAUAAAGCCAAAGAAACGGAAAGGCAAAGCCGCAUCUGCGAACUAGAAGACGAGCUAAAGGAUGCAAACGUGAAGCAGCUACUGCUAAAGACGAAAAUUGCCACCACAAAGGCGGCUGCAUCGUGUGCCGCGAGCAUAUCGUCAUCGGGCAAAGGUGGAGACUCGGAGUGUGAGGAGUGUCCGACAAUUAAUAUUGUACCAGACACGGGCCCAACAUUGAACCCGGCCAACCCAGCCGUUGAAAUGAUUUGCAAAGCAACGGCCACAACGGGGACUAGCUGUGAGUUGAUGGUCGGUGCACCGGCAACCAUCGCACCGAACGAGCGGGAAGCCAAAAUACUUGCCUUUGCCUCAACGUUUCUUAUGAUCAACCCGCUCGGUGUGCCGUUGGAACAGAUCUGGGCGUAUGUAGGCCGGUACGUGCAUGAAAUAAAACCAAAGGAGCUGGAAGAAAUAUUCGCUCGCUAUCAGGAGCUCUUCGAACGGUGCAAUCUACCGGUAAGUGGUAACAAUGAUCAGCUGGGCGAGGUGCAGAAACCCAGCAGUAUCAAGUCUAGUCCUUGCUAUAGAUUUAUUGCCCACAACUCACCCGUGAAGUAAGAAUUAAAGAGUUGGAGAACACUCAUGUUGAUCGCUUCAAAAGCGCUCUUAUAAUUGAUUUUUGUUUUAAAGUAUAGGUGUUUUGUCGUAUGUUAGGCAACUUGAUUCAAAACAAAUAUUUCACUAAGCAAUGUGCAAUUUUGUCGAUAAAUCUAAACAGAUGGUUUUUGGUUCGAGUGUUUUUCCGUUUGGUAAAGGAUAUCUUACAGAACAGCAGUACAAUUAGUUACGCUCCGUUUUACGUACCUCGUGUGCUUACAAUAUUAACCAGCAUCAUUUUCUUCGCUCUAAUCAGAUGCUUUUUACGAGAAAUAGUAAAGAUAGGUAAAGUGAAACGAAGGUGCUUUUUAGUCCCAUUUUAUACUCGCCAGUAUAAAUACUCGCGUACUCCCGUUUAAGCGUACUACUUAAAGCAGCUUAAAGCGUUACGCUUUGUAUCCGAUAGGCGCAUUGCAUAUAUCAUCCAUCUUACAAUGUCUUCCUCGUUCGAGAACAUUCUUCUCAUAGCAUCGGCUUACAACUAGCCCGAUUGAAACGUUAUAAUUUUUCGUUUUGUUGCGUUUAUCUCAUAAAAAUGGGGAUGAAAACAUUUUUGAAAAAAAAAAAUCAAACAAACAAUCGUACCGUACCGAUGUGAAAAACGCAUCGGUUCAUAAUACUCGGUUUCAAUUGAAUUUAGAAGAGAACGGUAAAUGUACCCUACGCGAGUGUGUAUAAGUUUUCAAAACUAGUGUUAUUUCUAAUGAUUAGAUAAAAGUAUACAGAAAGCAUUAAAAAAACCUUUAACAACAAUCGCAAGAACAUUAGAAUUGUAUCACGUUUAGUCAUUUUUUUUUAAAUCGCUGUGUAUGUUUGUGAUGUGAAGGAUGCAAUACAAAAGAUUGCUUCCCGUUGUUUGUUUCUGUGUCAUUCGUGUUCGUUUAACGGCCAUACUCGUUUUGUGCACUUUACGUUGGUGAAAUUUACGGUAUUUUGCUAUUAAAACAAAUUAUUAGCAUUAGUGUUAUAGUAAAAUUUUAAUCCAAAUUGUCCAUUUUGGCGCUGUUCUUCUGGUGCGACAAAGAAAGGCAAUAUUUUAUCCCGAAAAAAAACCAGUACUCGUAACGUAUGUACAAUGGCAAACAUAUGCAAAACUUUCAAACUUUAGCGUAAUACCCAUUACUCAUUUCAACCUACUACCGCAGGCUAUAAGCGUGCAGAAAAGCGUGUUGCGUUAUUAUUAUGCCUAUUAUAUAUCCCAGUUUACCUUUGCUAAAAUGCGAACCGAUAAAAUGGAACAUUGUUCACAUCGGUUAAUACAAAGAAGGGUAGAAAAAGGCACUUUAUAACCUUGGUAGUGAAUACUCGUGAAAGCAUCAUUUUAAAACACUACUCUUUAUUGUCAAUUAACGUGUUAUACACUUUAACGAAAAUCGAAACAAGCUUCGUUCGCCUAGGGACAGCUGUAUCUGAUGAGUGAGAAUAUCUAUAUUAUUGAAACAAAAACAAACACAACACACAAUAAUUCGACGAUCGAUGAAUUAAGUACUGAGAGAGGUUGCAUACUCCGAUGACUGCAAGCACGUUUUUUAUAGGGUUGUCUUUUGGUAGUUUCACAAAGUACUUUCUAAUACCUAGCUAAAUGAAAGAUAAACGCUAGGGACGCGAAUGAAGCGCGAUGCUAUGCACCGAUCGCUUGAAACACACCUGUAGCGCGAAGGAGGAGGACAGAUUAAGCGUAAGGUUAUGUAAUAUCCUGGCAGCUCAACACAUCCGUGUAUGCGUUCCAUUGAAAUGCUCUCGAUAUAUUGUCUAAGCGAACACACAUAGUCCUACUACAACUAGUCUCGGCGUAGCGCCCUUCCUGUUUUGUAUCUCGAUUAAUCAUGAAGUUACUUAAAAUGAAGCCAUAUUAUACUACAUAUAUAGCAUUAACUCCUUUAAACAUUUCAUCCAUUGAAUUAACGUGGCAAGCCAACACACCAAAUGAGACGAAAAGAAGAAAAAAAGCAAUCUUAUCGUUGACUCUCACUUCUUUAACAGGCUGGGCAAUAGUUCCCAUGCGUUCGAUUAUUUAAUCCUUCUAAUAUCGAUCCGUAGUCGUUUGUAAUUUCUUCCCAGUUCAGUUGUGUUGUUUGGCGUAUAAAGCAAAUGUUCAAAUUUUCGUACAAUAAAACUGCAAAAAAUAACAAAACUCGAUA